GAAGGUCUUCAUCCGAUGGCUUCUAGUGAUGAAUCUUUCUGUAUUUUGCUAGGCUGUUUCUCAAACCACAGACAACACAGGGUCAUCUUCAUGUCACAACAAGCAUCAGAGGAUUAUCUUCAUGCUACUAUCCUGAGUCUCUACAUUGCCAACCAUAUUGCCUUAAAAGAUGGAUGCUAGACCAAAUAACCUUUUGCAAUCCUUCCUGGUGCUAGGAUUCUGUGAAAGGAGCAGAAAGGGAAAGAGAAAGCCAGGCCUGCUUCUCUGGAAAUGCUGGCAGACCUCAUGGUAAUUUAGCCUGCUUAGUGAAGGUCAUCCUCAAGGAUCACGAAAUAAAAAGUGUCUGAUCGGUUCUUGAUCUCUUUGAAUAUAGGCCUCAAGGCUGGCUGAGUAGCUGGCUACCUACUUGGUGUCCUACUUCGAUGUCUCAGCUGAAGAAUGUGGAAGCUAGGAUCCUACAAUGUCUCCAGAAUAAGUUCUUGGCCCGCUAUGUGUCCCUCCCAAAUCAUAACAAGAUCUGGACCGUUACAGUGAGCCCAGAGUUGGAGGACCGCACGCCCUUGGUGAUGGUGCAUGGCUUUGGGGGUGGCGUGGGUCUCUGGAUCUUAAACAUGGAUUCACUGAGUACUCGGCGUACAGUGCACACCUUCGACCUGCUGGGCUUUGGGAGAAGCUCAAGACCAAUGUUUCCCCGUGAUGCCCAGGGUGCUGAGGAUGAAUUUGUGGCCUCUAUAGAGACCUGGCGGGAGACCAUGGGUAUCUCCAACAUGAUUCUUCUGGGGCACAGCUUAGGAGGAUUCCUCGCCACAUCUUACUCUAUCAAGUAUCCUGAAAGAGUCAAACACCUCAUCCUGGUGGACCCGUGGGGUUUCCCCCUUCGACCUACUGACCCCAGUGAAGUCCGGACACCCCCAGCCUGGGUCAAGGCUGUUGUCUCUGUCCUGGGGCGUUCCAAUCCUUUGGCUGUCUUAAGGGUGGCUGGACCCUGGGGGCCUGGCCUGGUGCAGCGAUUCCGUCCUGAUUUUAAGCGAAAGUUUGCUGAUUUCUUUGAUGAUGACACAAUAUCAGAGUAUAUCUACCACUGUAAUGCCCAGAAUCCCAGUGGUGAGACAGCUUUCAAGGCUAUGAUGGAGUCCUUUGGCUGGGCCCGGCGCCCCAUGCUGGAGCGAAUCCACCUAAUUCGGAAAGAUGUGCCUAUCACUAUGAUCUAUGGAGCCAACACAUGGAUAGACACCAGUACAGGAGAGAAAGUAAAACUUAGGAGGCCAGGCUCCUAUGUCCGAGAUGUGGCUAUUGAGGGUGCCUCACACCAUGUCUAUGCAGAUCAACCACACAUCUUCAACUCUGUGGUGGAAGAGAUCUGUGAGUCAGUCGACUGAGCUGCCAUCCUCAGGAAGGAAAAAAGAGCACAGAGAUUCAGCCCUCAUCUCCCUCCCUGCUUCCUUCUCUCCUUAUCCUUACCAACUAAUAUGUCACCUAGGCAAAGUCACAUAUUCUUCAUAGGGGUGGGGCAGGACAAUGGUGAUGGAACAGCCCCUCCUGUCUACGUCCUGGAGAUGAGAGGCAGUAGUGGCCUGGAGCUCACCACCUUAGGGAUUUCCAUAAAGGAUCUUAGGUCCCAUCCCAUCCUCUCAUGCCAAAGCAUUAACAAUGAAUUGGUUUGAAGUGUUGCGUAAAUCUAGAGAUCUCUUUAUGUAUUUCUACUCUCCGUAUACAUAAUGUGCCAAAGGGUAGGGAUCACCUCUCCUCAUCUAGAACAGAGAAAUUAGAACUAUCAAGCCUUUCCCAGAUUGGGAAGAUUGGGGCUUUCCCAUGACUAUUGCUGGGAAUAGGCCCGCCCUCUGUGAGAACAUCUCAUAUUUUCCUUCCUUUUUGCUCUGAGCUGUAGCACAGACCCACUUUCAUUACAUUGAACCUCUCCUGAGGCAUGAAAUCCUUAUUCCUUUGGAUGAUUUUAGAUUUAAAUGCUUUUAACUUUAAAUCCUUAGAAUGAUUUUUUUUCCGUUAAGUCUUAGAGCUAGGAGAGACCUUAAAGAUCAUCUACCCUAGUCUCUUUAUCUUAUACAGGAGGCAAUUGAGGCCUAAAUAAAUGUGACUUAUCUAAGGGCAUAAGGUUAGUCAGUAGCAAAGCUGGGACUAGAUCGCAGGUCUCUUGAGACCUCCAGUGUCUCCUUUGUGUGACACUGCAUCUCCAAAUUUUGUAUUCUUGGAGAAUGACGCUCUCCCAGCUGCCGCAGAUACAUGGAUUUAUCUGGUUAUUAACUCCAGAGCAGUCAGCUUAUUUAUGUCUCAGUGUUCCACUCCCACCUAGGAUAGGGCAGCAGUCCCCCUCCUGGUUCCACCUCAGCUUGGGCUGGCAUUAAACCAUAGACUAAGCCCAGUGAUCUGCUGCCUCCUCCUGACUAUUCCCUAGGAGGCCUUAGAGUCUCCCUCCGUGCCUUGGGCAUUGAAGCCCCUUAGGGAUUAAGAGUGAUCCCUGGUGGGGAGAUGAAGGCAAUGACUUCAACUCCUCCCCCAUUGCUGGACUCCCCUGGUAUUAACAAAAUCUUGCUACUGGCUAUCAGCCCCAACUCAAAGCCCCUGGUCCUAUUGGGGAACCUCAUGCCAAGUCGUCCUCAGUGCAAAGAAUGCUCUCAUUGUGUGACCCUCAAUCUCAGCCCUUUGUCUUUGUUGCCAGCUUAGCCCUGCUACUGGUCUAGCAGCUUCCCAUGUCUCAAUGGGGCAUUGCUGUAGGCUCUACCCUGGGGUGCUAGGUAGUGUCAUUGAGACUAGCCACCUAAUGCAGAGUAUUUUCCAUCUACCCCUCUUUACUAAUUUUGUUUUUUAAACAGGUGUUUCAGCAGUAUUUGUACCAGCCCACUCACCUUGGGGCCCUUUUCUAUAUUAAUAAAGAAAUGAAGAAAAUGCUUAAAUUAUU